UGGUUACUGUUUGUAUCUUCACAGAAACUCUCAUGGGUUUUAGAGGUCGGGUAGGUGUCAGAAUCUUUAAAUGUAACUUUAAAACAAAGUUCUGUUCUGAUGCCAUUGACCAAAGACAGUCUCCAGUGAACAACUUGAUGCAGCUUCGGCAUUUGAAAACUUUGGUUCUGGUUCUGUUCUACCAGCCAGGCGAAGGCUGAUCCCGUUGCAUUAAACUUUCAGCAUGGUGUUGAACUCUCCAUGUCAGAGCCCAGGUUUGGUUACACACGAAGCCACACUGAAGCAACACACAAACAGAACUAGCUUCACAAUGGCCAUUUUUGCCGAUAAAGCCCUGUCUUUCCUACGCGUUCACGCGUUCGCGUUCAUGGUGAUGUCGUAUGGCCUCUUCAUCGUCGUCGGCGCGGUUGUUUUGAUGACACUGGAGCAGCCCGAGGAGAACUCGCUCGUUCGAGAGGUCCGUGAGCUGAAAGCUCGUUUUUUGGCAGAUAACCCGUGCGUCGAGGAGAGCGCUUUAGAUCGCUUGUUGAUCAACGUGCUCUCUGCGAGUAAACGCGGCGUGGCCACGCUGGAGGCCGCCAGCGACGAACGCAACUUCGACUUUACGUCGUCGCUGUUUUUCGUCGUUACCUUCCUCACGACCACAGGUUAUGGCACCACUGUGCCUCUUUCGGAUGAAGGCCGUGUGUUCUGUGUCAUAUACUGUCUUUUGGGCAUACCCCUGACCCUGCUGCUGCUGUCCAGCCUCACUCAUGCCCUCCUGCCCUGGGUAACACACACCCCCAUACACAACCUCCAAGUCUUCUGGGGUCUGUCUCGCAACAAUGCUGCGUUGCUGCACUGCAGCGUUCUGGCCUUCUGCACAGCGACCUUGUUUUUUCUUCUGCCUGCUGGUGCCCUCUGCCUGCUGGAGAGCGACUGGAAUUACCUGGAGUCGCUGUAUUUUUGUUUUAUCUCACUUAGCACCACAGGGCUCGUUGACUACCUGCCCGGCAGGACGCAAAGCCGGGCGGCACGUCAGUGGUUGGAGUUUGCAACCUCUUGUUACCUGAUGCUUGGACUGAUUGUCCUGCUUGUGGUCAUGGAAAGUUUGUGGGAACUGCAGCAGGUUCAAGCUGUUCUGCGUUUUUUCGCUGGACCGCGGCAGGGUGAGCUGAAGGGGGUGGGUUUGGAUGAGCUUGUGCUCGGUGGAGACAUGACAGGUGCAGAGGAGGAACCUCAUUACACUCUCCCUAUAUCCACCAUCUCCCCAGCUUUCACAGACUCACCUGCCACUCCAACAGUGGAGCUGCCACAAGUGUUUGGCCUGACACCCAUAGCAGCCACCAAGGAAGAUAUUCCCCCAUCACUAAGACCAGAUCUAGCGUGUCAAUCCACUUCCGCUUCAUAACUGAUACAAUGGAUCUGGACAUUAUAAAAAUAAAUAAUAUACAAGAAUGAA